AUGUCUUCCGACCAUGUACUUCGGCUCGCUCUCGUUCAGCUAAAAGUUGGACUUGACAAGUCGACCAACCUCAAAAAUGCCAUCGCACUCAUUGAAAAGUGUGUGGAGGAACACAAACCUGAGAUGGUUGUUCUUCCCGAGUGUUUUAAUAGCCCCUACGGAACUGGCUACUUCCCUGAGUACUCGGAGACCAUUCCAGACGGAAAAACUUGCCAAAAAAUGGCAGCAGUCGCUAAGUAUGUUUUAUUUACUCUCCUUUUCCUAUUAACUACUUCUCGUUUUCCUUUUUCGCUCCUUGGGUCUAACCACUCAGCUCCUGGUCAGGACACUUUUUUCCCUUUUAUUUCUACCUGUUCAUAGAAAGCACAAGAUCUGGUUGGUCGCUGGGUCAAUUCCUGAAAAGGCCUCAGACGGAAAGCUUUAUAAUACGUCAGUGAUUUACAAUCCGGACGGGGGUGUUGUUGGCACCUACCGCAAAGCUCACCUGUUCGACAUCGACAUUCCCGGUAAGUUGGUUGUUUGCCCUUCUUUGGUGGCACAAUAGUUUCUGUUUUGUGUUCUCUUGUUUAGAUGAUAUAGGAUGCUCCUCGUGUUUAUUGUAUAUAAACGGCUCCUUCAUAUGAACUUCGCUGUCUUUGUUGUUCUGCCCACAUUUUUUCCGAUUUCUCUCUAGAGGAACUUUUUCCCACCGCCCUUUUUUACCCCAGGCAAAAUUUCCUUCCACGAAUCGGACACCCUGUCGCCGGGCUCCUCUCUCUUCUCAUUUCCGGCCAAGAACAAGGAGGGUCAUGUGUUCACCGUAGGCAUGGGCAUCUGCUACGACAUACGCUUUCCCGAGUUGGCCCUAAUCUACGCUCGCCAACACGGCUGUGACCUUCUCAUCUACCCGGGCGCCUUCAACACCACCACCGGUAAUUUUCCCUCUUCCUGCAUCUACCAAAAUUUCGUCAUCUUCGCUAUGUGAGAUUGUCCCUGACCGUUGAAGACAUACUCGAUCAAGGUGGAAAUGGGAAAAAUACGGAAAAUCAUGUCAAAGAUUGUGGCAUUUUCAGUUUUAGAAGUAAUACAUGAGUUGCGUCGCUCCGGGCUCGUUGUAUCCUCAUUUUAUUUAGUGAAAUUCAUAAUCAAAUGAGGCUUUUAGCGGUCACCGAUAUCUUGGAGCUAAAUUGAAACUGUUUUGACUGUGAUUGUUUCAUCACCUUUGGUGACGAGUCAAUAUCCUUUGAAUGUUUUUGCAUCGAGAAAUUGCCCAUAUGAAGUCAAAAGGACCCUACGAAUAACUUAUUUUACCGCCGUGGGGUUACGACGAGGAUACGUGCGCUGAAUGUCGGCGUAGUCUUUUUCGUCUGUAUUCAAGUAGACAAUACGCCGGAAUUAGCAAGAGAUCUGAUGAAAAUACCUCCAUGUGACAUAGACGAAUAUAUGAUUUUCCUUUCGCGGAAAGCAUGCACCUUGUAGACUGAAAUUGCUAAACGCUGAUGUAAUGGCAGAUCAGACUGAAACUUAUUCGGGAAUUGGGAAAAAUUUUUUAAAACCUAAAUACACACUUUCUUUGGGCAUAAAAUAUGAAGACAAGGUGAUUUCCUUCCAAAUGAGCAAAAGAAAACAUAUUUUUUGCGUGUUUUCAAUAAAAUGUGCUUAAAUUUAUAAGACCGUCGAAAAUCAAUAGAAAAAAUGCAUGCUACUUAAGCAGUCAGUUCUUACCCAGUGUGAUUUCUGCAGGAGGUCAAAAGGAAGUGCAUUCAAAAGCCGAUAUCCUGGCGAGUCCGAAGUUUUACAGGGUUAUGCUGCAUGAUAAUCAGUAUAAAAAAGUAUAUAAAGUAAUCCUACCUGGUCGGGAACGCAUUCCAGAAUUUUAGCCAACAUUUCAUGAGAUCGGUCACGCACUGUCGGUAUACCGUAAAGAAAGGAAUUGGGACCGAUACUGGGAAAUCCAUCCUCAUGACAAAUCAGCGCACUCCUUAUUGCAAUAAACUUUGCGCCUGUGAGAUUGCCAAUUAACGACGUAACUUGGUCCUACUCAGGUCUGAGGACCAAACUACGAUCGUCUCCCGGUUUAACCGUUUUGACAUCCUCACCGGCCUGUGAGACAUGUGACCUCUCCUGAAUGAAGCUUUGGUGCACGUAAAGUGGGGAUCAGACCGUGUGCAGCACACGUAGACGUCCACUGUGCCCGCUGGUCGUCGUGACUUCGGGUUGUCGCCAGAAAAUGUUGGGCGAUGUGGAGGCCGCUGGUGAAGUAGAUGCUGUGCAAGUCCGUUUCAUUGUGGACAAACCCACGUGCGAGUAACCGCUGCUGGGUCGUACACGUAGUUAGUUGCAAUCAAACUAUCUGUCCUUUUAGGAUUUCGCCCCCCAAUUUUAGGCUAAGCAUCCCCACAUUUUUUAUCUCUCUCUCCCUACGUUGCCAGGACCGCUGCACUGGGAACUCCUGGCUCGUGGCCGAGCUCUUGAUACCCAAUGCUACGUGGCAGCCUGCAGCCCUGCCCAGGACACAUCAGCCUCCUAUGUUAGCCAUGCGGAAUCCCUCGUCGUCUCACCCUGGGCCGCAGUUCUUGCCAACGCCGGCAAGGAUGUAAGUUGUGCGGGAGAGAGCGGACUAUCCUGCGAUAUAUGCCACUUUUUGUCUGGUCCCUUUCAGUUAUCCCUACGGCCAUUGGUGGGCUGAAAGUCUCAGUUAAGCAUGAACAACUAUGAACGUUAACUGGCCCGUGAUUUCCUAAUCCAUUUCCCACCAUUUAUUGAAGACUAACGAACAUGUAAGGAUGAUGAACACAUGAUCUCUGGAACAGUACGUGUAUUAGUCUGAGCCUUCGGUCUCGUACAGGAGGCCAUCGUGAGAGACUGUGAGAAUGCGGCAUCAAAUGAGCAGUUUUUGUAGUCAAGCCAUGAAGGGGGAGGAUAUGAGUACAGAGGGUGGUAUUCGCGAUAAGCUGAGUCCCACUCCGUCUCACGGCGGCGUGACUGCGUGCACCCUUGGUUGGAAAUUGGGUCUCGUCUCUUGGCCGCGGGAACGGAGUGCGUGAUAGCAGGGGGGUAUGUCAACGUGUCAGUUGAUAGAGUUGGUGUCAGACACCCAGGCCUCCAACAGUUCUCGCCCUGUCUGGCCCGCCCUACCAUCCGCGCGCUCUCGGAGUUGAAUUUGUGGCCUUCCUCCAGGGUGUGAGUGGCGAUCUGAGACAACGGGUCGCCUCCCGGAACGCCCGUUUAUGCUCCGUUAUUCGUGAGCCAAGUCGUCGUCCGGUCUGUCCUGUGUAGUGGCGAGGGCAGUCCCGACAUGGGAUCUGAUAAACGACACCCGAUUGUUCUCCUACGUCUAGUCGCUCCCCCACUCGCAUGAUUUUGUUGCGCAUGGUCGCUGUCGGACUAAUAAACUUCAUGCAUCUGUAGAAUGUAAUUUAACCAACAUGUAACGUGAAGACUGUAGUAAAAGCUGGCGUUCUGAAGAAUAAGUUUCCAUCUCGUGCACCACCUGUCAUGUUGAACGCUCACAAGUUUCCAUUCUCGAGUCUUCCGCUGCGCAAGUAACGGCUGCUGGGCUCCACUCGUAGUUUGCUGCAAUCAAACUACCCGUCCUUGGGGUAUUUUACCUCCGGUUUUAGGCUCCAAUAGCUCCUUAAACAACUCAGUCUACCCAAUUGCGUGUGUUUGUGUGAAGCGGCGAACUGGUGGGCUGUGAGCAAGGCUGUCACGGCUCCUUAAAGUGACCUGUGGCAUUCUCACGCAUGUGAGGAGUGUGUGUGUUACUUGAUUGGUAGUGCCUUUCAGUCGCUGUCUGACUGGAGGGUGAUAACCCGGGCUAAUGCAGGGCUGUGUGUCACCUUUCGAGGCCCCAAGGUUUGUGAGCGUCAGCUAUGCCAUGAUCAGCAAACAAUGGCCCCCGCAGCCGGACGUAUUCUGGCAGUUCUCCGGUACCUGGUUCUCCAGCGGUAAAUGCACUUGCGUCCCCGCCGAGUGUACAGGUCGUGCCUAGUCAUCCUUUUUCUGACGCGUUGUUGUUUUGUUGGCCAAAAUUCUGGUCAAGCGUUUGUUGUGGACCAGGGGGUGUGGAAUGGAGCGCCAAGGUGCGGGUUCGGUCGCACUACCCGCCUACACCCUCCCACUUCUGGUCUUUUUGACACGGGGCCCAAGUGGGGAGGAGGAGGAGUGUGGUAGAUUCUGUGCACGUCUACUCUCACUAUAAACUAAUUCUCUUACAAGUCACCGUGCCUGCUUCACCUUGCUGACGGUGAACAUGGUCGGAUGUGACGGUCGAGCUGUCACAGCUCCUCAAAGUAGCUUCUAGUUAUUCUAACACGCUUGAGAUUCGGGCCGGCCUCGCCAAGACUCGCCGCAUGUCGCGGUGUCCGGGUCGUGUAUGGUACGCGUAGACGGGUUGCCUAGCCACUGCGUUCGCGCCCACCUUCGGUCGUUCUCAAUAGUCGAAAUAGGAAUGAGGAGAUCCUUGGAAUACCCACGCUCUGUAGUUAGGAAUCAUCGGCACUCAAGUCAAGACGCAGUGCGAGUAACUGACUCUCCCGCCCUCGUUUCCUUCGCAGAACCACAGGCUCGUGAGUACCAUGAGGCGUGGUUUCACUUUCACGUACAAUGAUUAAAUUUCGCGGGCUUUCGGAAAAAUUGGGUUCCCGGGAGCGCCAGUCAUCGUUGCACUCUGUAGCUGUCUGUCUCGCUCCCAAACUCCAGUCGACAAACUCCACCCGUCCCCCCAUCUUAUAGCCUCGCUUCCAGAGUGAUGUUUUUCCGGCCUUUUCUCAACCACUGACCAAACAUUGGCAGUCUCGGGGGUUGGCCCUGAAGUCCAGAUCUUCCCCUUCUUUUUUUUCAGGAGGGUUACUUCUGUGUAGAAGUCUCGCGAGCCGAGUUGGAUCGUGUGCGUUCCAACAUCCCCAUCAGGCGCCAGCUUCGCAACGACAUAUACAGACUGAAAGAACGAAAGUAA